AUGGACUCGCUAUGUCGGCACGUGCACAUGCACAUGCACGUGCUCAUGUUGGUUGGCUGUCAGAGCAGUCGGCACGUGCACAUGCACGUGCUCAUGUUGGUUGGCUUUCAGAGCAGUCGGCACGUGCACAUGCACGUGCUCAUGUUGGUUGGCUGUCAGAACAGUCGGCACGUGCACAUGCACGUGCUCAUGUUGGUUGGCUGUCAGAGCAGUCGGCACGUGCACAUGCACGUGCUCAUGUUGGUUGGCUGUCAGAGCAGCCCCCGGCCGGGAACGGGGCUGCGGCGGGCACAAGCGAUGGACGCGUGA